CUGGGCGGUGCGCCGCUUGACGUCACCGUUAUUGGACGGAUGAAGGUGAUCGACACCGGAGUGGACCAAUCGUACGCGUCAGGGUGGGGCCGCCGUUCCGGGCGCGCUCGUUCGGUUUGAGGUCGGGUGCUGCUUCGCGCCGAGCGGUGCGGAUAAUGUGGACAUCACGCGGGCGGUGCGCUGGCCGAACCGAUUGCACUUCGCGGCAAAACAACUCUCUUAGUCAAGUGGAGGUGGAGAGCGCCUUCCGGCAAUUGUAUAGUUCUUUGUGUGGCACCAAAGAAAAAGUUGAGAAAACAGCACUGGAGGAUGACUGUUUUGCUCCUACCACGAUAAGUGAAGAUUUGGACAAACCCCUAGGAUUAGAGAAUUUAACAGCGUGUUCCAUCCUAUCUGAGCAAGUGGUGCUGAGGAAUAGUGACAGUGGCAGAGCCACCACUAGUAUUUGCAACAGUGAAUCUCAAACUGCAAGACACUUUGCUAAAGAAUCCAAUCUAAAAUUGAACACAUUUCUGACAAAGGCAAAAGAGAACCAGAUGUCAAAUGGUGACACUCUGGUCUUUACUGUAAAGCAACCAGUUUCCCAAAUAGAAGGUUCAACUCUUCAAAACCAUGAUGGGAAUGAGGAAGAAAAUUUUGAAUUAUCCAGGGAAGAUUAUGAUUGCAUCUCAACAAAUUCUGGAGAGGAUUACAGAGAAACGGUCACCUGUGAAGCUUGCUCAAAUGUGUAUUGGAAAGUGAUGAAUAGAAAGGGAACUAAGAAGAAACGUGCAUCACACAAGAAACCACCAUAUGAUCCCACUUCUUUAUCAUGUGACCAAUGGAUUUUGAAAAAGCCUUUGCUGCCUAGAAGUCCUGUACAGAGAAGUAAAAGAGAAAGCUGGUAUUUGAAAUCUAUUGGCACAUCUGCUCAGAGUGAAGUUACAGGAAAAUGGAUUCCACAGUGUUCUCGACCUCAUGUGUUUCUGCAGAGGAAUCUACGAUCUUGUAAAAGAAAAGUAGAUGAGUUUCUGGCUAUGCAUAGCAAAAGGCAGCCUCAAAAAAAGACAAAGAAAAGAUCAAAGAAGAAACAGCUCUUCAUUUUCAAGCUUCCUGAAUCUCCACUGUCUUCUACAGUAAUCUCAGAUAAUGAAAUUUCUGAAAUAGAGAUUAGUACUGUUAAAAGGAAACUUACCUCAGCUGUCCUGACCAGAGAUGACAGGACUAAAAGAGGCAGCUGUGAUUUUUCUGACAAUACACAAAGUGACACUCUCAGUUCUGACUACAAAUCAGUGCAGUUGGAGAACAGCACCUGUGCAAAUGUAGAUAUGUUUACAUUUGAUUUCAGGCCAUUGAAUUUUGUACCAGAAAGAAUACCUGCAUUUUCAACUACUUCUUCACUGUGUUCUGAAACUCCAUUGCAUCCUCUAAAUGAAAAAGGGAGAAAGUGGGUAGAAGUACAAAGCAAAUCAAAUUCUAGGGCUUCUCCCUGUUCUUUUGGCUGGUUAAAACCAAGUGGUUUUACUUCUAUGGUUGCAAAACUGAAGGCUAGACCUUUGACCUCAUCAGGUAGUGUCAUUAAAGAGAAAUGACUUAUUUGAUCCUUCAAUUCAUAACAAGGUUCUUCUCUCAAACCUGGAUAUGCUCCUAAUGUAUAAAAAUGUGUUUCUGUUGUACUUUGCUAAAUUACUAUUUUAAGUUUGCUGGUUUAAUAAAUAUUUAAACUGUA